ACACAUUUAUUAACUUUCAGGUUUCAGGAGGAGGGUUUAAACAGAGGCGAGUGGGGCUGAAGGUGAGAGACACUGCGGCCCGGGACUCCGCUCUGGGGCGCUGACAGGAGCGAGAAGUCAAGGGGAGCCCAGAGAUGACGUUGGGCAGCGCCUUCCCGCUGGACGCAGCCACUUUACUGAUCCUCGGCGCCCUCUCCCUCUUGCUCCUCCUUUACUUUCGCCGCGGCUCUAAGUGCCAUGGAGCGCUCAACCUGCCCCCGGGACCCCCGUGUCUGCCCAUCAUCGGUCACCUGCACCUGAUGGAUCUGAAGAAACCCCACGAGAGUCUCAUGGAGCUGUCUGAGAAGUACGGCCCAAUCUUCACCAUCAAGCUUGGAACCAUGAAGGCUGUGGUCCUGACCGGCUACGAGACCGUGAAGGAUGCUCUCAUCAACCAUCCCGAUGUGUUUGGAGGAAGAGCUCACCUCCCUAUAUUUGAUGACCUGAACAUGGGUCAUGGUAUCAUCUUUGGUCAUGGAGAAUCUUGGAAGCAGAUGCGAAGAUUCACCAUGUCCACUCUGCGGGACUUUGGAAUGGGCAGGAAAUCUAUCGAAGAUAAAAUCGUUGAAGAAACCCAUUUUCUCAUUAAAAUGUUUGAAUCGUAUGAAGGCCAAGAAUUUAAUCCGACCUUCAAGUUGAACGCUGCUGUGGCCAACAUAAUCUGCUCAAUAGUUUUUGGUGAUAGAUUUGAUUACGAUGAUGAAAGGUUCAACACUUUAGUCGAAAUAGUUAAUGAAAACAUAAAACUUGUUGGUCAUCCUAUGGUGCAGAUUUACAAUUCAUUUCCUAUACUGGGAUUUCUUCUUGGCACACGCAAGAAAUUGCUGCAAAAUAAUACGUUAAGUCGUGAAAUCAUCAGGAAACUUAUUAAUGAAAAUGAUCAGACAGUAGAUGCAAAUAGCCCAAGGGGUUUCAUUGAUACGUUCUUGUUAAAACAACGCCAGGAGUCAGGUAAUCCAAACACAUAUUUCCAUGAAAACAACCUGACGUACACGACAGGAAACCUGUUUGCUGCUGGGAUGGAGACGACUUCCACCACACUUCGUUGGGCCAUGCUGCUGCUGAUGAAGUACCCCAACAUACAGGAGAAAGUCCACAAGGAAAUCAUCAAUUUUAUUGGGUCAGAACGGAUGCCCAGAGCUGAAGAUCGGAAGAGUUUGCCCUAUACUAACGCGGUGAUCCAUGAAGUCCAGAGAUUUGGCAACAUUGUCCCAAUGAAUAUCAUGCAUUCAACAACAGCGGAUGUAAACUUUAAAGGAUAUUUCAUCCCUAAGGACACUCUCGUGAUCCCCUUACUGACCUCGGUGCUUUUCGAUAAAACUCAAUGGGAAAACCCGAGAGCCUUUAACCCUUCCAACUUUCUGGAUGCUGAUGGGAAGUUUGUGAAGAGAGAUGCUUUUGCUCCAUUCUCCAUGGGACGCAGGGCCUGUGCUGGAGAAACCCUGGCCAGGGUGGAGCUCUUCCUGUUCUUUACCACUCUGAUACAGAAGUUCCGGUUUCAAGUCCCCCCGAAUGUGAACAAUCUGGAGCUUGUGUCUGGUGUGGGCUUCACAUCAUUCCCAAAAUACCAAAACGUGUGUGCUGUGCGUCGCUGAUGUUAACACAUCCUUUGCUUCAGUUGUACCCCGUUACAUUAUUCUCAGAAUCAUUUCAAAGAAUGUGCGUGUGUGUUUUUGUUGUGGAAUCUUGCAUUUGUUAUGGGGCUGAGUCUAGCGGAGCAAUCAAUGGUGUCUCCAUGACUUCAAUGGAAAUUAUUCCUCAAGUCACGGAAACUGGGACACACCAUGAACUGUGAACCUCCAGAACUUGGUACCUGUAGAUGAUUUAGUCAGUCACCUGACAUUUGCCCUUCCGAAUCUUAGUCCAUUCACCAAAAUUUUGGAAAAUAACAUUCCUUCAAUCUUCUUGAUGAUAUUUUGUGAUCAAUAUAAAUGAUCAUCAGUGAUAUCAUCUCUUUAACAUUCAACUUGCACUGAAUUUAGCAAGAAUGACAUGUUCAUGGAUAUAAACAUGCUUUUCAACAUGAAGCAAAUUUACAAAGAUUGUCAGACUUAUGUAACCUGCUCUUAUUUGUAUUACCUGUUGCCUUCAAUGAUUUAAAAUUCUUCCACAUUCUGAAAUUAACAUACUGUAAAUGCUGUGAUUUUUUUUUGAUUUUUUUCUAAUGAUAAUUUGUGGAAAGAAGCUGUUUCUCUUUGCAGAUGGUUCAAGGUGUGACAGUGUAAAAAUGGUGGGUGAAUGAUUCAAGGGAAAUCUGUGGUAAAACAUCUUUCUGUAGCAAUUGGUUUUCUUCUUUGGAAUAUGGCACUCUAUAUCCGUCUGCCUUUCAAAAGCUUACAGACACUAUUGUAUCUGCCUCUACCACCAUCAUUGUUACAUCCCUGAGUUUCCUAGCAUCGUGUAUUCAUGGUAAAUACAAAUGAGAAAAGCUAAUUUAUACCUUGCCUAUCUCCUGUGGUUGCACUCAUAGACAGCCUUCUUGAUCAUUAAGGGUGUAGGAAAGAACUGCAGAUGCUGGUUUAAAUCGAAGGUACACACUAAAUGCUGGAGUAACUCAGCGGGACAGGCAGUAUCUCUGGAGAGAAGGAAUGGGUGACUUUUCGGGUCAAGACCCUUCUUCAGACUGAUCAUUCUGAAGGGUCUCGACCCGAAACAUCACCCAUUCGUUUUUGCCAGAGAUGCUGCCUGUCCCGCUGAGUUACCCCAGCAUUUUGUAUCUACCUUUGAUCAUUAAGGAUCCCUAUUCUCUCCCUAGUUACUUUUAUGCCCUUAUAACUUGUAGAAUCUCUUUGGAUUGUCCUUUUCCUUAUCUGCCAAGGAUGUCUAAUGUGUAAACAAUUUUAUUUUGAAGACUCUUUGUCUUUUGAAUUAACUAACAUCUAACUUUAUUCUAUACCUCCUGAAGGUGUGUGCAUUUCUGUAAACAAUUUUCCUACCUUUAAAAUUGAAAUUAAAAAUGUAUGUAGGAUUGCACAA